AGUAGGAUCACGGAGUUGGAAUGGGUUUAGACUAGAAUGGCAGAACUCGAGCGGGUCAUACCCGAGGUUGCCAGGCGGGCCGAAGGAGUGUACCAGGAGUACAAGAAGGCUCUUGGUGCCCUUGGAGCUGAGCCUUUGCCCUUGCCUAAGCCGGUCGAAGGUCUUCAAGUUUUCUUUUUGCUUUUGGACUGGUUGAAGUCGGAAUUUGAGGGCCUUGGCGAGGUGAUGAGCGUGGCAAAUGACAACGCGGCCUCUGUUUCCUUCGAGGGGCUUGUUGGAAAUCUUCUUCGUGUCGGUGCAGUUGAUCUUGCCCGACUGGAUGGUUUUCAAUAUGUACCGUACGAAGGUUUGGCGGUGGAGGUGGCAAAAAUUCAAGAGUUGAAGGCUUCUUUUUUUGAGUGUUUCUGGGAAACUUCUGGCAAGGUUGCUGUUCGGACUCUGGCUGCCGCAGCUGCUGAGGAGGCAUCUCCUGAUUGUCCUUCGGAGGAUAAUCGAAUGUCCGAGGAUCAGAGAUCUCCUUCGGGGAUUGGUGCCGCUGGUUCUUCCGGGGCACAGGUCUAAAGAUUAGCUUGUGGGGAUUUGUUUCUAGGACUUGUAUUUU